UAAUAAACAUGCAUUUCACAAUAAAAUCCUAAAUUACAUAACAUACAAAUAUCAGAAGGUAAUAUUUAGUUGAUUUUUGGAACAGUACUGAACAUUCGUGUUCAUUCAGUCGUCCCUCUGUCAGCCGUUUCGCGUUUGCGCUACUUACAGCGGAUGACAUCGAUAUGUCAAUACGUAUAAAGUAUAAGAUCUUGUACAGUGUAUAAUGUUGUAGAAAUACAAGAAGAUACACAGAAAAUAAUCAUAAUUACGAUAGUGGUUAGGUUAUGAAAAAGUCGAACAAAUACUGGACAGGUGUGGGUAACAUUUCAACAGUGUGUUUGUCUGAGGUAAAGAGGGACCGUGAGGACCUCGAAGACAAUCUUCCGACUUUUUACAUGAAGGAACAAGAUAUUCCUGAGUAUCUGGAAGGCUGUGGUUUAACCACCUGUACAGCCGGUGACAUGCCUGAAGACGUGGACGUCCUACGGGACAAUAAAGAGCAUACAAAGGAAAAAAAAUUAUCCUCUGCGUCCAUAGCUGGUCCCGAUACGAAAAAAACAGUAACUGUCAAACAUCCCGAAUCAAAUAAACCGAAACCAACCACGAAAAAAGGCAAACCGAUACAAGCUGAUCUAGAUGUGUCCAAAGAAUUUACAAGAUGUAGAGAAGAAUGUGUAAAACGGCUGGAUUUAAGUAAAUCCAGUAUCACUAAUUUACCUAGUACCGUGCGAGACUUGACGCACUUGGUUGAGUUUUAUCUUUACGGUAACAAACUCGUAACAUUACCGCCAGAAAUUGGUUGCCUCGCAAAUUUAGAAACAUUGGCAUUGAGUGAAAAUUCUCUGACAAGUUUGCCAAAUACAUUAGAAAAUCUAAAGUCUUUAAGGGUUCUUGACCUAAGGCAUAAUAAGCUGAGUGAAAUACCUGAUGUUGUUUAUAAAUUAACAAGUCUUACUACAUUAUUUUUACGCUUCAAUCGAGUAAGAUACGUAAGUGACAACAUACGAAAUUUGACAAAUUUAACAAUGUUGAGUUUGAGAGAAAAUAAAAUCAAGGAACUUCCUGCUGGUAUUGGCAAGUUAGUUAACUUAAUAACAUUUGAUGUAUCCCAUAAUCAUUUAGAGCAUUUACCUGAAGAAAUUGGAAACUGUAUCCAAUUGUCUACACUUGACUUGCAACACAACGAGCUUCUGGAUAUUCCAGAUACAAUUGGAAAUCUAGUUUCAUUAACAAGAUUAGGACUUAGAUAUAAUAGAUUAACUAAUAUUCCAAAAUCACUAGCAAACUGUAAACUGAUGGAUGAGUUUAGUGUUGAAGGAAAUCAAGUGUCUCAAUUACCGGAUGGACUGCUUGCAAGCCUCUCUGACUUAACAACAAUUACAUUAUCCAGAAAUGCUUUCACUUCAUAUCCAUCAGGGGGACCAGCCCAGUUUACAAAUGUUUAUUCUAUUAAUCUUGAACAUAACAAAAUAGAUAAAAUACCAUAUGGUAUUUUCUCUAGAGCAAAGAACCUGACAAAAUUAAACAUGAAAGAGAAUCAGUUAACUGCUUUACCUUUAGAUAUUGGUACAUGGGUCAAUAUGGUUGAGUUAAAUUUGGGUACAAAUCAACUUACAAAAAUUCCAGAUGAUAUUCAAUGCCUUCAAAGUCUAGAAAUUUUAAUACUUUCAAAUAACUUAUUAAAACGUAUUCCUGCCAGUAUAGCAAAUUUACGUAAACUUAGAGUUUUGGAUCUUGAAGAGAAUAAAAUUGAGUCUUUACCUAAUGAAAUUGGUUUCCUAAGAGAUUUGCAAAAAUUAAUUUUGCAAUCAAAUCAGGUAACUUCUUUACCUAGAGCAAUUGGUCAUUUAACAAAUUUAACUUAUUUGAGUGUAGGGGAAAAUAACCUGAACUACUUACCCGAGGAAAUUGGUACAUUAGAAAAUUUAGAUUCACUUUAUGUAAAUGAUAAUGCAAACUUACACAAUUUACCAUUUGAAUUAGCUCUAUGCACAAAUCUCAGUAUUAUGUCAAUUGAAAAUUGUCCACUUUCUCAAAUACCACCAGAAAUAGUUGCGGGUGGUCCUUCUUUAGUAAUUCAGUUUUUAAAAAUGCAAGGACCUUAUCGAUCCAUGUAACAAAAUUAGGAAGUUAUCUCUUGUAUUGACUUAGAUGUCGAUUCUUAAUGAGAGUGAUACAGAAAUAAAUAAUAUUUGAUACAAAUAUUUAUUAACUUAAAUUCUCACUGUAAUGAUCUCACAUCAAUAUAAAAUAUAUGAAUAUUAUCAAUAUAAUGUAUGAAAAUGUGCAUAUAUUUAUAUUCUCAUAAAUUGAAUGAUGAAUAAUCAUAUAUCUGCGAUACAUUUUCAACAUGAGGAAAGAAACAUAUGUAUAGAUAUAUUAUGAAAUUGGUGCUGAGUUGAAAAUAUGCACAGCAAAUAGUAGAACUACAAGAGAGUGGAAUUAUAAUAAGAUAUUUUAGAUACAGUAAAGACAUAAAUUAUACUGAAAUUUUAUUAAUAUGGUAUACAUACAUACAUAUACAUACACAUAGUUUAUAAUACUUUACCCAUCAACAUUUUUUUAUGUAUAUUUUUUAGUAAUAUAUAAUGUAAUGUAAUAUAUUUUAAUUUGCAUGUAAUGUGCUUUGUUACUAUUUUACAUUAUGAUAUGUAUUCUAAUUAUAAUUUCAAAAAUUAAUAUCUAGCAUUUAGAUAUGCCAUAACAAACUUAUUAAGUUUACAGGUUUAAUACACACAGUUACCUGAAAAUACUAUUCUUAGGUACAUAAUUAUUAUUUUAACAAUUGUCUUAGUUACAAAAGAGUGAGAUAACAUUAUCAAUUAGAGAAAGUAUAAAAUUAAGAAUCGGCAUCCAUGCCUUUAUAUUUUAGUUAUUACUGUUUGUUGCUAUAUAAAGAAAAUCUUUUGGUGACAAAAUUACAAUAAUAAUAAGCUAUAUUAUAGUAUAAAGCUUGUGUAUAAUUAGUUACUUUAUGUUAUAUCAGGUUAUCAGUUGUAGAAAGAGCUUCAGUUAUAAGUAAUUAAAAAAAAAAAUUGCUCUUCCAAAAUACAAAAUCUAGUUAUGUAUAUAAUUUAACAAACUAUAAUGAAUGGUGUAUUAUUUUUUUAUUUCUAAGACUAAAUAUAAACAAAUUUAAUUAUAAAAU